AAGCGCCUCACAGCGGCUGCAAAGGAGGCUACCAACAUGGCGGCUGUGAAAACCAUCAAUUGAGUUGAAGACGUCUGGAAAAAAGCUCCAAAAUGACCAGCAAACAAGACAUGGACGAGGAUGUGGAGAACGAAUAUACCUGUAGUCGUUGGGUGAGGGACAUACCAGUGGACCUUGCUCUUUCUACCUAUAUCAAUCAGUGGGCUCAAAUGACUUCUAAAGCAAGAGAGAGCUUUGAUGUGGAGCUAAACAUUUGUUAUGGGAAUAAAGAAGAAUGCACACUUGAUGUUUAUAGGACAAAGGAAACACUGCAGAAUGCAGCAGUAUUUAUAUUUUUUCAUGGUGGUUACUGGCAAGAAAGCAGUAAGGACGAAUAUGCUCCGCCAAUCUUUGCUGCUAUGAGAGCGGCCGCAUUUACUGUUAUGGUUGAGUAUCAAUUAGCGCCAAAAGCUACGCUAGAUGAAAUCGUUGCUCAGGUCAAAUCUGCCGUUAAGUUUGUAGCAAAACGAUUCCCCGAAUCACCUUUAUAUUUGUGCGGGCACUCAGCCGGAGCUCACCUGUCGGCCAUGAUGAUGAUACAAGAAUCUUGGGAAGAUGCUGAUCUGCCUAAAAGGAUCAAAGGAAUGUGUCUUGUUUCUGGAGUUUAUGACCUACUGCCUUUACUAAAGACGACUAUCAAUACAGCAGUAAAGAUGAACGAGGAAUCUGCUAAAAGAAACAGUCCUGCUCUUCAGUUAAAGCUGGUUCGACCGUCCCUUAGAUGCCCUGUGAUUCUUCCUGUGGGCGAAUACGAGUCACCCUCUUUGCAUAACCAAUCCAAAAGCAUGCUUGAGAUUCUAAAGUCCCAUGGCAUGGAAUGCAAAUACUUUGACAUUCCCAAAUGCGAUCACUUCUCCAUCUUAUCGAAACUGACCAGCGCUGAGUUUCAGCUUUCAAAGGAGUUGUACCAAAUGUUAACUGAGAAACAUUAGUGAGACAUUGGACAGCCAAGUUCUACCAGCGACUGCUAACUUAACUGUGCAAAAACUGUGCAGAAAGUUUCUAUUGUUUAAUACACUAAUAUGGCUUGAGUGAAAAYGCCCUAUACAAGCUUAUACACGAGAUUGUGGGAGUACAAAAUUGAAGGGGAGCUCAACUUCUCUCUGUCACCCAGUAUCCAUCACCCAGUAUCCAUCACUGAUUACAACAGAACUUUGUAUCCUUCCAAGCCAUCUUGGGUACAUUUUUCUUGUCAUGCCUUUAUCCAAGCCAUCUGGGGUAAAUCUCAAUCCAAGCCAUCUCACGCCCUUUAAUUCCUUAUUCCUAUGCGUCCACUAUGGUCUAUGAUAAUUUUUAACGAAUUUUUCUGAUGCGUCCAUCCAAUACAUCUCGUGUAUCUUAUUCUGAUGCGUCCAUCCAUUGCAAUUCAGGGUGGGGUGGGUUGAUAGGGGGGAGCUUAUUGUUACUCACCACACCUAAAUCAAUAAAACUGCGUCUAUUAUAAACCAUU